AUGCAGAUAGCAUUAGUUUUUCAUAUUGACCCAGUAAAGGAUGAACCUACUACUACUACUCUGGAGACAACAUCAACAACAACAGAAAUUUCAACAUCAUCUGCUACAUCUACAGCAUCAACUGAGACAUCUACCAGUACUUCCACAGCAUCAACUGGGACAUCUACCAGUACUUCUACAACAUUAACUGGGACAUCUACCAGUACUUCCACAACAUCAACUGGGACAUCUACCAGUACUUCUACAACAUCAACUGGGACAUCUACCAGUACUUCUACAGCAUCAACUGGGAAAUCUACCAGUACAUCCACCACUACUUCCACAGUGUCAACUGAGACAUCUACUGCUACUUCUACAACGUCACCCAAGCCAUCUACUGCUACUUCCACAGUGUCAACUGAGACAACUACAGCUACUUCUACAACAUCACCCAAGCCAUCUACUGCUACUCCAACAGCAUCUACUGGAACACCUGCUACUACUCUAUCAACAACAAAAGCUCCAGAACUUCCAGCACUCAAAUCCACACCUCCACCAGAUGUCAUUGUUCAGAUCAAUGCUAAUGUGGAUCAAGAUGGCAGCUCUGACGAUUCAUUCUCAGAUGAUCAGAGCUUCAAUCAGAUGGUGGUCAUUAACAAUACCUUUACUGAUGACGACUUGGCUGGUGCUAUGCAACAGUUGAAGCAAGGUGAAAGAGGUUUCUCUGUGAUAGAGGCUGUUCUCUCUCAAAAUAUGUCCUCCACGACAAAUUCAUCGUGGUUUCAGAUGGUGGCUCAUGAUAUUGUCCUUUAUGAAAAUGGGACAUUCAUUAAUGAUGUCCACAUAGGGCAUGGUUUAACCAUUGUCCUCCCAUUUUUGGAUGAGGAAGGCACUCUUACUUUCCUCAUUAUGGUUCGUGGCCAAGCACUUAAAGUUGCCAAUCCCAUUGUGCAGAUCAGACAGCUUGUUUUACACCAUGAAGAAUGUGGCUGUGAUAAUAAUAGUUCGUCCACCAACGAGACAUUUAGCAAUGAUCAGAUCACUGACAGAAUUUUCCAGCACCUGUCAUAUGUGUCUGAGGAGGAGGAAUUGGACACAUCUUCUCUUACUGACUACAUGCAGAUGUUAGCCGCUGUUCCUGAAUUUGUCAGGGACACUAGAAACUUUUCUUUGGAAUUGGAUAUCGAAGAGCCUUGUGAGGUCCCCACAACCACACCAACGUCAACAACAGGAAGUUCCUCUUCAAUGAUGGAGACAUCUACAGAGGCAACAGAGACAACAACAACUGAACCAGUGCCAGCACUGCCAUUUGAAUGCACCUCACCAGAUGACCCUAGGUGCAUUGAUGUAGUUGUGGAAAUUAUGCAGUUAGCUGAUGAAGACUGCAAUUCAACACUGGAUAAUUUGGCACAGGAGGUUGUUCUUGACAAUACUUUCCAUGAGGAUGAUCUCAGCAGGGUUUUAAAUAGGUUACAAGAGAGUGAGAAUGGAUUUGCUGUGGCUGAAACUAUAAUUACCCAAAAUAUUUCUGCCUUGAAUGAUGAUUCAUUUUGGUAUUAUACAAGUAGUUCUGGUACAUUUGAAGUAGCCCCCAAUAAGAGUUAUAGUCCGGAUAUCCACAUGGGAUUAAGUUUAAUGGUUGUGCUUCCAUCAGCAUCCCAAAAUGGUGAAGAAGAUAUGAUGAUUUUACUCUUCAUAUAUCCUCCAAAACCCAGCAACCCGAUCAUUCAGAUUAUGCAAGAUACAGUUGUAAUUAAUGAAGGAUGCCACAAUGGAAGUGUAGACUGUUUCGGUAACUACUCAUGGCCUGAGAUAAUCCAGAGAGUCAAUGAAAGUAACAAUAGUUAA